UAACUGGCAGGUAACAGCCAUCAAUCAGUGGCAGGUGUGCGCGUUCCCGGAACCUUUCAAAGACGGUCGUUUGUUCCAGGAGGAAGCCUUUCAGCGACGCACUGUUACUGGGAUUACGGAAAAGUCGUUUGAGGUAAUCGGAAUGGCCGAGAGCACAGAAAGCCUGCAAAAGUACGAAGAGCUGUUUGCCCAGAGAUUUUCAUCGGAAGAUGAAGAGUACCAGCAGUACGUGAGCCAUCCAGCUGACCCCCCACCCAUCGUGGAAGACUGGAGGGGUCGUGCGGGAGGAAACCAGCGAGGCAGGGACAACAGGUACCACGACCGUCGUGGACACAGAGGUCGUGGGUGGGGAGGAGGCCGAGGUUGGGGUGGAGACCGGGGCUGGAGAGGGGACCAUCGUGAGCAGCAGCACUGGCAUGACAGAGACAGGCACCGGGGCCAUGGAAGUGGGUAUCAAUCAGGCCCUCCAAGCUCCAACCAGGGAUACAACUCCCAUCAUCAGAGACCACAUUAUGACCGUUACUGAUGUCUCUGCUCUAUACUCUCAGGUGUUGUCAGUAUUUAUAGUAUUCAGUCUUACAACUUGCAUUGCAAUAUCAUACGUGGCAAUGUGCAACUGUUAAUUUUUGUGUGUGCCUCUUAAUAAUAAUAAUUUCCCAUCUAUCAUUGUAAUUGUGUGGUACUUCUUUAGUUUUAUCAUACAGUUUUAUUGUCUGGAAAAAAAAAAAGAUUUCUAAAAAACUGAGACAGUGGAAAAUUACAGAUGCUGUUUGACUUCCUUUUUCAUACUUAAACAUUUCCUUUUUUCCCCCCAAUAUUGCAUCAUAUUGCUCAGCUCUGUAAUCAUAUUACAUUUUGUCAUCUCAUUUUUGGGAAUUGUUUUCAAUAUUGGAACUGUCAUUUAAAAUUACACACACUGAAAAUAACAUUAAUUUCUCUUUAAAAUUUCAGAUUUGUGAGCUGUUUUUUAAAAAUAUUAUUAAUCACAUUAUAACUGGGAAGUAUUACUGAGGAGUUGUUUUGUGUCCAGAUAGUUUUGAUGCUAGUUUUCUACGUGGUUUGAUAUGACAUUGUGAUGAAUUAUACAGUACAGUAUUGUUGCAAAUGAUGAAUCUGAAUUUCCAGAGAAAAUUUAUUUGUAAUGCAGCUUUAUUUUUCUGCAUCACAUUGUUUCAUAAUGAUAUAAAGGAACUGGUGUCAAUAAAUGUGUAUUUUCUUAA